GGAGGAGCAGCGGAGCGCGCCCGGCGCGAUGUGGCAGCGGUCGGUGUGCGUGGGCCUGCUGGCCCUGGCGCUGGGCUACCUGUGCGUGCUGGGCCCCGAGCUGCCCCCCGCGGCCCUGCGGCAGCUCUCGGCCUCGCUGCUGGGGACGCUGCGCCGCGCCCGCUCGCUGGAGGCGCGCACGGUGGCGGCCUGGCAGGCGGCCAUUGUCCGCCCCGCGCGCGGCUGGGCGCGCGUCGCCGUCGGUGUCAACGCCUGUGUGGACGUGGUUCUGUCCGGGGUGAAGCUGCUGGAGGCGCUGGGCCUGGAGCCCAGCGAUGGGAAGAACCACGCAGUGCUGAACUCCAGGCAGGACCUGAGGGAGGCUUUUGCCCACUUCAUGGAGAGAGGGGCGGCUGCCGAGCGCUUCUUCAGCGAUGCUGAGGCCUUCCAGGACAUUGCACAGACAGCAUCGGAGCACCCCACAGCACAGCUUUACGUGGGAGGAAAUGCUGCUCUCAUCGGGCAGAAGCUUGCGACAAAUCCAGACCUGAAGAUCCUCCUUUGUGGCCCAAUUGGUCCCAAACUCCAUGAACUGCUCGAUGACAAUGUGGUUGUGCCGCCUGAAUCCAUGCAGGAAAGAGAUGAAUUCCAUCUUAUCUUGGAAUAUCAAGCAGGUGAGCAGUGGGGCCGAGUGAGGGCACCUGCUGCCAACCGCUUCAUCUUCUCCCAUGACCUGUCCAACGGCGCCCUGAACAUGCUGGAAGUGUUUGUGUCCAGCCUGGAUGAAUUCCAGCCAGACCUGGUGGUGCUUUCAGGACUUCACAUGAUGGAAGGGCAGAGCAAGGAGAUGCGACAGAGACGACUCAUGGAGGCUGUUGCCUCCAUCUCUGAUAUCCCAACUGACAUUCCCAUACACCUGGAGCUGGCCAGUAUGACUGAUCAGGAUUUUAUGAGCAACAUUAUGCAUCAGCAGGUCUUUCCCCUGGUGAACUCCAUCGGGCUGAACGAGCAGGAGCUGCUGUUCCUCACCCAGUCUGCUUCUGGUCCCCACGCCUCCCUGGCCUCCUGGAGUGGCAUUCCUGACGUGGGGGUGGUCAGCGACAUCCUCUUCUGGAUCCUGAAGGAGCAUGGCAAGACGGCGGAGCGGGCAUCGGACCUCACGCGGAUCCACUUCCACACCCUGGCCUACCACAUCCUGGUCACUGUGGACGGCCACUGGGGCAACCAGGCAGCGGCGGUGGCGGCUGGGGCCAGGGCUGCCGGCACCCAGGCCUGUGCCACCGACACCAUCGACACCAGCAAGGUCUUCCUCAAAGCUCCUCUGGAGUUUGUCACCUCCCACACAGAGGCACCAUCCAAAAUCUCCCUCAAUCCAGACGAGCCCGUGGUGCACUGGCACAGGGAAGACAUCUCCUUCCACUUCACCCCUGUGCUGGUGUGCAAGGAUCCAGUCCGGACCGUGGGGCUUGGGGAUGCCAUUUCAGCCGAGGGGCUGCUCUAUUCCGAAGUGUAUCCUCAGUAGAAAACCAGGACCCUCCUUCUUCUCCAGCACUGCACGGUGUCUGUGACCCGUGGAUUGGGAUUUGAAGCAGUGGUGGUAUAGGAACAGAACCAGGGUGUGUGGUGAUUUCUGGGUAUGACUGAAAAAGAGCCAAAGAAUAAUUCCAGGUAUAAACUGUCAGCUACAUUCCAGUCACUCAGCAGUGACUCGAGCGCUUCACAUGCGGGUCAGGUGCAAAUGUUUUAAUAUUUAAUGUGAAAACUGGCUUUGUCUUAAGGGGGAGGGACACAAAGACCAAAAUCCCUGGCUGGCAAAGUUUGCUGUUUGUAGCUCAGAAUGGAUCUUUUCUGGUAGUGCUGCAAAGUGCAGCAGCAGGAGAAUUUCCUGCCCCUGGAUCCCAGGGAGGGCAUAGCAGUGCCCAGCCCUGCCUUGCCUCUGGUAAAUUCAAAAUAAAAAGGCUUGUGGGUUA